UCUUCAGCCAUCCCUCAACACUUUUCAGCCUCCCCUUCUUCUUCUUCUUGUUCUCUUCUGAUUCUUCUUCCCCAUCCGCCAAUUGUUUUUUCUUUCUCGUGAAGACCGCACCGCACCCCAUUCCCCAAUUCUUUUCAGCUUCUCCAUCUCUUUUCUCCCUCUUCUUCUUGUUCCCUUCUGACUUUUCUCCUCCUUUGUUGGUCACUGCCCGCAGAGACACAGAGAAGUAGAGAAAGAGGUGGAAGGGAGACGAGAUAAGGUUUUUUUGGAUAGAAAAAAGGGAUUCCAGACAGAUAUAGGCUAAAGCCAUUGCUACCCGCCUACCAUGAGCUCAAAGCCACAUGCUGCCAUACUUUGCAGCCCAGGUCUUGGCCACCUCAUCCCCGUCCUCGAGCUUGCAAAACGACUUGUCACCCACCGGAACUUGACCGUGACGAUCUUUGCCAUCCCAUCUCCUACUUCCAAAGCUGAGUCUGAGCUCCUCAAGGCAGCCACCACCCCCAAAUUCUGUGACAUUGUUGAACUCCCACCGCCCGACAUUUCAGGCUUUGUUGGCCCCGAUGCUGCUGUCGUUACACUCCUUGCAGUCAUGAUGCGUGAAGUACGACCUGCGUUUCGGUCAGCCAUACUUGAUGAAGCCUCCCUUCGUCCUACCGUGCUUAUCGUGGACCUCUUCAGCACCGAAUCUCUGUCCAUCGGCGAUGAGCUAGGGAUUCCCAAGUACGUUUUCAUUGCUUGCAAUGCAUGGUUUCUAGCGUUGACACUAUACGUGCGAGUUCUUGAUAAGGAAGUGGAAGGAGAGUAUGUGGACCAGACUGAACCGCUGAGAAUUCCAGGUUGCAAGCCGGUUCGGCCCGAAGACGUCGUAGACCCGAUGCUGGACCGGACUGACCAACAAUAUUUGGAAUACGUAAGGAUAGGUUCUAAUUUCCCCAAGAGUGAUGGGAUUUUGAUAAAUACAUGGGAGGACUUGCAGCACGAAACAUUAGAUGCAUUCCGGGAGGAGAGACUCUUGGGUGGGGUGGCUAAGGUGCCGGUUUAUCCUAUUGGACCGUUGACGAGGCCGGUCCAAUCAGGUGGUUCAGCUGGUCCAAAAGAGGAGGGCUUGUUUAAUUGGCUAGACAAGCAACCUAGUGAGUCCGUGAUAUUUGUGUCGUUAGGGAGUGGGGGGACCGUGUCUUUUGAGCAGAUGACAGAAAUGGCUUGGGGGUUGGAGUUGAGUCAACAAAGAUUCAUUUGGGUUGUACGACCACCAUCUAACUCUGCAGAUGCUUCUUUUUUCACUUCAGGAGACGGAGACAAUGACGCAUCAACCUAUUUGCCCAAAGGAUUCUUAACCCGGACCCGUGACAUUGGACUGGUUGUGCCUCUUUGGGUGCCUCAAGUGGACAUUUUAAGUCAUCCUUCAAUAGGAGGGUUUUGGUCACACUGUGGGUGGAACUCAACCAUCGAGAGCAUCACCAAUGGAGUGCCAAUGAUAGUUUGGCCACUAUAUGCGGAGCAGAGAUUGAACGCUACACUAUUGACGGAGGAACUUGGUGUUGCUGUCAGAUCAAAAGUGCUACCAUUGAAGAAAGUGGUUGGGAGAGAAGAGAUAGAGGGAAUGGUGAGAAAGAUCAUGGUAGAUAGAGAUGGUCAGGCAAUACGAGGUAGAGUUAAAGAGCUUAAAUUGAGUGCUGCCAAAGCAUUGAGCGUAGCUGGUUCUUCAUAUAAUGCAUUGUCUCAAAUAUCGGGUGGCAAUCAAAGCAAAUGCUAGAAGAUUUGCUGAACAGGAAGGCUCUCAAAUAUGCUUCUUGUUUUCAACAAGCUUUUUAACUAAAAUAGUCUAUGAGAUUAACCUAAUUCGUCAAUUUGAUCUCUAACAAUGAAAACUGAUAAAUCUUGUUAGAGACCAAACUAAAGAGUUAAGUCAAUCUCAUAGACUAUUUUGGCUAGAAAGCAUUUUCAAUACUAUAUGGUGAAGUAUAAACAUCAAUAAUAUUUAUGGUCAAAUGGUGUGUAUUCUCUUAUUUCAGCCCAUGUUUGUCAUCAGGCCAACAGGAUGGCACAUCGUCUUGCUAAAUUUGCUCUGCAUUGUGAGGGUUUUCAUUCUUUGUUCGAGGAAUCCUCAGACCUGUUGUCUGACCUCUUUGUGCUAGAAUGUAAUGGUUGGUUGUCUUUGUGAA